UGUCCAGAGUCCUAAACCGCUCGCCUUCUUCUUCCUCAUCAUCUCCUCACGUCUCUUGUUUCGUUAGGGUUUUAUUGGGUUUCAUGGCAGCAGAAGGCGUCGUGGGUUCAGGUGAUUUUCCGGUGAAGAGGGCCAGGGAGGAGGAAGAGAACGGCGGCUCUGCAGCGGCGGCGGCUAUGGAGACCGAGACUGGGAAGGAGCCGGACUGCAUCUCUGGUGUUAUGCCCGGGUGGUUCUCUGAGAUUAGCCCAAUGUGGCCUGGAGAAGCACACUCAUUGAAAAUAGAGAAAAUUUUGUUUCAAGGGAAAUCGGAUUAUCAGAAUGUGAUGGUCUUCCAGUCAUCGACCUAUGGAAAGGUUCUCGUCUUGGAUGGGGUGAUUCAGCUGACAGAAAGGGAUGAAUGUGCCUAUCAAGAAAUGAUUACCCAUCUACCUCUCUGCUCAAUUCCAAAUCCAAAGAAGGUUUUGGUUAUUGGUGGAGGAGAUGGUGGUGUACUGCGGGAAGUGGCUCGUCAUUCUUCUGUUGAGCAAAUAGAUAUAUGUGAGAUUGACAAGAUGGUUGUUGAUGUUUCAAAACAAUUUUUCCCACGUGUAGCUGUUGGAUAUGAGGAUCCCAGGGUGACUCUUAAUAUCGGUGAUGGAGUCGCAUUUUUAAAGGCUGUUCCAGCAGGAACUUAUGAUGCAGUGAUUGUGGACUCAUCUGAUCCCAUAGGUCCCGCACAAGAGCUUUUUGAGAAGCCCUUCUUCCAGUCGGUAGCAAACGCUCUCCGACCAGGAGGAGUUGUGUGCACCCAGGCAGAGAGUAUAUGGCUUCACAUGCACAUUAUUGAGGAUAUUGUGUCAAACUGCCAUCAGAUAUUCAAAGGCUCUGUCAACUACGCAUGGACAACAGUCCCUACAUAUCCAAGUGGAGUGAUUGGUUUCAUGCUUUGUUCGACCGAGGGACCUGCUGUUGAUUUCAAGCACCCUGUAAAUCCGUUACCUGAAAAUGACGGUUCUAAAGACCCCUUGAAAUUUUACAACGCUGAGAUUCACACUGCUGCUUUCUGCUUACCAUCUUUUGCAAAGAAGGUGAUUGAAUCAAAAGCAACAUGAGGAAAAUUCUCUCCGGGCAUCAAACAAGCAGAUAUGCUCAUGCUGAAUACCUGCCUUCUUCUCGUAGUUGAAAUGGUUUAUCUAGCAAUGAACCAUUAAAUAAUCUGAUAUUCAAAUUACUGUUGUCCCAAUUGGGGUCUCUAGAGCUGUAGUUGGAUCAGAAAUAUUUUAUCAUGUCAUCUUUCCUUAUUAUUAGUGGUCAUGAGAUUUAUAUGUGCAAACAAGUUUUUGCCUCCAUUCAAUUUUCAUUAAAUCUAUUUGCCUAUAUGGUU